AUGGGGAAUUUGUGUUCCAAAUCAGCCAACAAACCUGACAACUUCGCCAGCCCCGGUCGUACCGUUGGGUCGAGCACACAGCCCAGACAAACCUCGGCGCCCAUCCCGCAGAAAAUUACCAGCAGUACUCCUGGUCGACCUCUUGGUGGGGGAGAUGGGGCCCCGGGCGAUGAUAAUGCCAGAAGUGCUGCUGCCAGAGCAGCCGAGGAACGCGCUGCAAGAGCCAAUAAGCCGGGCGGGAAACUUUCCAGCCAACUGUCGGCACAGAAAAAGCAGACCCAGAAUCAGCUUCUGAGCUCGGGCUCCGAGGCCGAGCGAAGAGCGCGAGACGCCGACGAGGGCGCAGAAGCUCGAAACUGGAACUAA